AUGCUCCUCCUGAUGAGCACCAUUCCCACCUCCUUAUCACAUCAUCCCCUCACCCUAACCCCCAUGACCAAAGCGAAGCCACACCGCGCAUGGGCACGUCAAAUCCCUUCUUAUACCCUCGACAAGGGCAACUAUGCUCCUGUACUCCCGCUAUUUCGACGACACGAGCAUCAAAACAGGGAAGAGGGUGACUUCCGGGUAAAGAGCACGUACGUGCUGGUGGUGGUGCUGGCGGUGGUGGUGCGGCAGCUGCAGCUGCUCACGCUGGUAAUGGUGAUCGUUGCAGCGGUGGUGAUGGUGGUGGUGGUGGUGGUGGUGGUGGUGGUGGUAGUGGAGGCAGAGACAUGA